ACACGAAAAAUGCCCCUGACUGCCAGUGCCAUGGACUUUUUUCAGCUCUUUGUCCCUGACAAUGUACUAAAGAAUAUGGUGGUCCAAACCAACAUGUAUGCCAAGAAGUACCAGGAGAGGUUUGGUAGUGACGAAGCCUGGGUUGACGUCACCUUGACAGAAAUGAAGGCCUUCUUAGGCUACAUGAUCUCAACCAGCAUCCACCACUGUGAGUCUGUUCUCAGCAUCUGGAGCAGUGGCUUCUACAGCAACAAGAGCAUUGCACUUAUCAUGACACAGUCACGGUUUGAGAAGAUCCUGAAGUACUUCCACAUUGUGGCCUUCCGCUCGAGCCAGACAACACAUGGCCUCUACAAAAUCCAGCCUUUUCUGGACUCUCUGCAGAACGGCUUUGACUCCGCUUUUAGACCUUCGCAAGCCCAGGUACUACACGAGCCCCUGAUUGACGAGGAUCCUGUUUUCAUUGCCACGUGCACAGAGAGGGAGCUGCGCAAGAGGAAAAAGAGGAAAUUCAGUCUCUGGGUUCGGCAGUGCUCGUCCACUGGUUUCAUCUGCCAGAUUUAUGUCCAUCUCAAAGAAGGGAGUGGUGCUGAUGGGCUGGAUGCUUUGAAGAACAAACCGCAGCUCCACAGUAUGGUGGCCAAAAGCCUCUGUCAGAACGCCUCUGGGAAGAACUACAUCAUCUUCACUGGCCCAAGCAUCACCAGCCUGAAUCUUUUUGAAGAAUUUGAGAAGCAAGAGAUUUACUGCUGUGGGUUGCUGAGCGCCAGGAAGAGCGACUGCACAGGCCUACCUCCAUCCAUGCUGGUCAACCCUGAAACUCCCCAGUCCAGAGGACAGUACAGAAUACGAAUGAAGGGAAACAUGUCCUUGAUCUGCUGGUACAAUAAAGGGCAUUUUCGUUUUUUGACCAACGCCUAUUCGCCAGUUCAACAAGGAGUUAUAAUUAAGAGAAAAAGCGGAGAAAUUCCAUGCCCGUUGGCGGUUGAAGCAUUUGCUGCUCACCUGAGCUAUAUCUGCAAAUACGACGACAAAUACAGCAAGUAUUUCAUUUCUCACAAACCAAACAAGACCUGGCAACAAGUAUUCUGGUUUGCCAUCAGCAUCGCUAUAAACAAUGCCUACAUCCUCUACAAAAUGUCAGAGGCCUACCACGUGACAAGGUACAGCCGCGCACAGUUUGGCGAGAGACUUGUAAAGGAGCUGCUGGGCUUGGAAGACAUCUCACCCUCCCAUUGAUGCUUUGUUCUCAGUGGUGUAGGCAGGGGCUGGAGGUUGAGCAGAAGAAGAUACCACACCUGGAACGGCAAAGCAAGGAACUCGUGACACCACCAGUGCUGUCCUUAUCCAAAAAUGCCAAGUGAUGCCACUAGAGAGGUGGAAAUUUUGUUGCUACUAGCAGCUGGAUGUAAACGUGUCCUACAGAAAGUUCCACUGGAAAAUCUGACACACAAUUGCAUAUGGGAAUGCCCUGUGGGGAUCUGUACACCAGAAACGGACUUAAAUUAGUCAUCUCUCAGUGCUAUUUGUUGAGCAGGGUCAUCUUGU